CUUCUGUGGUAUGAUUUGUGCGAUAUUUGAUUUACAAGUAGUUUCAUAUUCGAUAAAAAAUAAUAACGCCCAAAUUUGUAAAAGUGAAAGAUGUAAAAAAACAGCUGAUGAAAUUAUAAGUGCCAUGAACCAAACAAUGGACCCGUGUGAAAACUUUUUUAAAUACGCAUGUGGUAAUUGGCAUAGUGGUAUGUCACAUAAGAGUCAUUUUCAUAUUUUAAAUAAUAGAACUAAUCUUCGUGUAAAAGAAAUAUUUGAAUCUCCUUGGACACCGCAAGAUAGCUCGGCAUUGACCAAAGCCAAAAAAAUUUAUAAAGCUUGUAUGGAUGAAGAUUCUAUUGAAAAAAGAGGAGUGAGGGAUCUCGUAAACUUAAUUGAUGGAAUAAGUGGCUGGCCAAUCGCAAUGACUCUAUCUGAAUGGUCUUACAAGAACAAAUCAUGGCAAGAAGUCGACAAAAGUUUUAGAGAAUUAAUAGGAAAUUCUCCAUUGUUUAGUUUAAAAGUUAUGGAGGACGUUAAAAAUUCAACGAAUCAUAUUAUACAGCUUUCACCACCUCUAGACGGUAUCGCUGAAUACAUAAGUCGUCAAGCAGCAGCAUUGUUUCCAUUAAAUGUAAUAUUAAAUUUACCAAAUGUUAUGAAUUACCAAAAUAUUGUUGCAAACGUCGGUAGAAUAUUUGCCAGCAAUAGAGGUGUUAUCAUACAAGAAAGAGACAUCGAAGAGGAUGCUAAAGAUAUUGUUAAUUUUGAGUGGAAUUUGAAACUCAUUAUAUUAUCAUCAUCCUCCAACUCAUCAAACGGUGAAGUUGAUUCUAUUUAUCAAAAAAUGAUGAUCAGUGAUUUCCAAAAAUUCUAUGAGUCAUCGGUGCCUGAGAAUUCUACUACACGCAUCAACUGGUAUGACUUGAUAGCAAAUCUCUUUGUUGGAGUGCCUGGCGUGACUAUUAAACAAUCAGAAGUUGUUGUAAUAAUAAAUAAAGAUUACUUUGUUAACUUAGCUGAUCUUAUUAGGCGAACUCCGGUCAGAGUUGUUGUAAAUACAAUGCAUUGGUGGUUAAUAAGAAGCUUUGGUUUUUUCACAAAUCAACAAAUGAAUAAUCUCAUUAAAGACGUCUUACCAGGAGGAUUGACGUCUGUUUCAAAUAAAAAUUCAAAAUUAACUCCUAGAUGGUUAAUUUGUACUCGACAAAACGAAAUGAUGCAUGCUUUUUCUUAUGCUUAUGUACAAAAACAUUUACCAAAACGUUCACAAGAAGCUGCAGAAAUGAUCCAUGAAAUAAUAAACGGAAUGAGAGAAGAAAUAGAAAAUAGCAAAUGGUUAGAUGAUUAUUCAAAAAGAGGAGCUUUAGAAAAAGUUCAAGCUAUGCGAGAAUUCAUCGGAUUCCCCCGUUGGUACAAUGAUAUCAAUUCUGUUGAUAAUUAUUACAAAAGUGUUGUACCAAGCAAAUUUUACUUUAGAAAUGUAUUGAUGAUGUUAAAAUUCAGGGCGAAAGAAGAAUUGAAGUUGUUACGAGAACGCGUCAGUGACCAAAUAUGGAUUGGAAGUCCAAUUGAUAUCAACGCAUUUUAUUAUUACCCAUCUAAUGCAAUAACUAUACCAGCAGGAAUUUUGCAAGUUCCGUUCUUUGAAGACGAGCAUCCCGAUGCUCUCAAUUACGGUGCUCUUGGUUCAAUAAUAGGCCACGAAAUUUCACACGGAUUUGACGAUGUAGGUCGUCAAUUUGAUAAAAAUGGUAACAUACGUAAUUGGUGGUCAAAUGCAACAAUAUCCGAGUACAGAAAACGUGCUCAAUGUUUUAUUGAUAAAUUUAAUAACAUGAGUAUUACGUACAAUAAUACAAUUUACAGGGUAAAUUCACGAAAAACAUUGUCGGAAAAUAUUGCGGAUUCAACGGGUGUAAAAGCUGUCUUUGAGGCUUUUAAAGUUCAUAAUAAAAAAUCCUCAACACCAGAUGUUAAGCUACCUGGUCUUGAACAUCUCAAUGAAAAUGAACUUUUUUUCUUAUCUUAUACACACUCUUUCUGCUCGAAUUUACCUAUAAAUUCAUUAAUGUACCAACUGAGAAAUGAUAAUCAUAGUCCAGCAGCGGUUAGAAUAGAAGGUACGCUCUCAAAUAUUGAAGGAUUUGCAGAAACAUACAAUUGUCCUCUAGGAAGCAGAAUGAAUCCUCAUGACAAGUGUAGUAUCUGG